AUGUCGCACAAACCAGAAGGUGAAAUCAGCUGCCCAUGCGGAGAAGUAGACGUUCAGACCCGAGAACACAUUCUUCAAGCAUGCCCACGCUACACUGAAGCGCGAAGAGAACUACUACAGGCCUCCCGAUGCAUAUUUUUACCGGAAAUCCUAGGAACGACCCAAGGCAUUAAAACCCUGGCAUCUUUCCUCGCAGCCUCCGGGGCAUACACUCAAUCUGGCACCCAACCACUACCACCCAAACCUCCAUCGUUCGACGACGAACCAGUCCCGGACUCCGAAGACGACGAAUCUGAUCUUGGCCUGUGA